CGGCCGCUGUUUCUGUGAAAAAAGAGUAAACCCUCCCCUCCUGAAAACCCAUAGAAAUGCCUAGGAAAUCCCUCCGAAAAUACCUCUCCAAGAUCAAAAGAUCCUCUCCAAAUUUGCCUCUUCCCUCCUCUAAAAGAUGGGUCCUCUCCGGAUGCAAGCACCCCAGAACGCCGUCAUUUGCAGUCGACAAUACCCGAAAUGAGCAUGGUGGCGGCAGCGGUAGUGAGGAGGCAGCGGCGGCCACUCUCGCCGACAUUGACCGCUUCCUCUUAGAGAAUUUUAAGUCACUUUAUAUUAAAGACGAGGAGCAGAAUGAAAAGGGUAAGGGCCGAGGGACUGGUAUUGGGCCGGAUCAAACGAAAAGCCCACGAGAGAUUUGGUUCGACUCGCCUAGGUUGGUCGACCCACCGCCAUGCCUCCGAGGGUCCAACCGGUUUUUCGCGGCUCCAGGCGUGACUGCCUCUCUCAUAGAGGAGGCAGGGACCAGCCUGCCGUGCACCAGCACCAGCGAGGAUCACGUUGGCUCAAGCUCCACCUCCGCUGAUGUUACCCUUUAUAAAAACUACUCUUGUACCUCUCCUAGCACAAAUGAUGAGCCGGCCGCACUCCCUAAGGAGUGCAUCGCCGUGUUGACGAACUCUCCGGAUCCAUACGUCGACUUCAGCCGAUCAAUGCAGGAAAUGGUAGAGACGCGGCUGCAGCAUCACGGGAGGCUUGAUUGGGACUACAUGGAAGAGCUCCUGUUUUGUUACUUGAACUUGAAUGAUAAGAAGGCUUACAGGUACAUUCUGAGUGCUUACACAGAUCUGGUGGCGGCUCUCCGUCAAAGGGAACGGAGAGCUCCGGUGAGAUCACGAAGAACUCGAAAAUCGAAGGAGGGAAGAAGGAAAAUUACGAGGCGUGAAGAUUUGACCCCACCAAGGGCGGACUAAGAUACCUUUUCCCCGACCGGAGUCUUAAUUUUUUUAUUUUGUGUUCAUUCACUUUUGCCCUCGAAUUGUAGUGUGCAUUUUGCUAUGUUUAAUAUAUAAAUAAGUGAAUGAUUUGCAAUAUUAUAAUUUUUUUUAUGAUUUGAAUUUUUAUAUUGUUGUGGUUGAAUUAACAAUAAAAUGUUUAGUGCAAU